AUGAUGCUGCUGUACUACCGGCUGAGCAGCGAGCACGCGGGGUCGUACCGGCAGUGCCCGCUGUCGUGUAGCGCGCUGUCUCUGGCAGAAGUGAAGCAGCUCCUCGCGGCGCGUUGCGGAUUGGCGAACGAGUAUGGUCGGAAGAUCGACUUUCGGAUUUUCUUGGCGGGGAGUCAGGUGCCAGGCGGUGCUGCGGAGGCUGAGGAGCUCACUGAGAUCGUGGACGAGAACCAGAUGAUCCACGCGUACUCCAAGGUCGUGUUGCAGCGGGUGGCCAUCACAUACGGCGGGAGCGGGCAAAGUGUGUUGCACAAAGCGCGCUCGGAGCUCUCUCAGGAGGAGUGGAAAACUGCAGAGGAGCGGAAGCUGAGCAGCCGGCUGAAGCGGCUGCCUCCCGAGUGGCUCUGUGGCCUUUGUCACCGCGUGAUGACGAACCCCGUGCUGGUCAGAUGCGCGACGAACUGUGCGCAGUCUGCCUGCCACGCGUGUCUCGAGGCGCACCUCGGUCCGAAUCGCAUCUGCCCCUUCUGCAACAGUCCCUUUCGCCAGGCGAUUCGCAACAAACGCCUGCAAGAAAUAAUUGCUCUCGCGAACUUGUCGGAAUUCGAGUCGGCACCCGGCGCCGCAUGCGCGGUGCCGCAGCUCCAGGUCCAGGCGUAUCAGGCAGGCGACCCUGCGAGCAGUGCAGUGGCGCCAGGAGAAGGCAGCAGAUCAACGGACCUGAUUCGAAGCGCUUGCCGAGAGGGACCGUCUGACGCGAGCAGACUAGGUUCCGGAGAGAGCCACAGUGCAACGGGGGCGGGUGUAGCAGACCGGGUUUCUGGAGGAAACGUCUGCGAAGAUAGAGAGACUGAUGACGACGUGGGAGCGGACGGGAGCAGAGGCGACAGCGCAGGAGCCAGUGACAGCUUCCGCAGCGAGGCAGACUGGGUCCACUUUGUGUAUUUGGUGCCUCAGGAAAACCUGAAACUCAUGCGACAAUACGACAUGAUGGUCGUCGAGAGCUCCUCGAAUCUGGCCGUCGCGCUGGUGAGAAAAGCCACGCAGAGAGGCGGAAGCGGGAACCCUGAUGCCGCUGCAGAGCUAGGGGAACCUGCGGAAGGCGCCUUGCGUGAUGGCACAGGGAACUCCGGACCCACAACCGCGACGGGAGAGACUGAGCAGCAGGAACAAGUGCGUACCACGGGGAGUAAAAACACGGAUCACGAGGUUUUUGUGGUGCCCCUCUGUUCCGCGGGGGGAGGAACGUCGUUUUCAAUAGCGGGCUUUGCUCGCAUCAACAGCGCGAGGCAGGUAGACCCCGAGGCCGACAGUGCCGCGGCGACUGUCGUGCAGCAGUGGCAGAGCUCCUCGGGUCGGGCUUCGAACUUGCCGGGACACGGGGCCGGACUCGCGUUCGGCGUGUACAGGAUAUCGUGGGACAACAAGUUCAAUCCGAUGCCCAUGCUACCCUCGCGAAAGCAGCCUCUGUGCAGUCUGCUGGGUGCCCACAGACGGCAGUUUCACAGCAACGCGUCUGGUGUACCUGCAGUUCCUGGGCUUCUGAAGCGCGAAGUGUUCGGGGGCGCGGGCGCAGGCAUGAUUGAGGCCGCUGUGGAGGCGGCCAAGUACGAGGAAGUCCUCGCAUGCAUAAAAGACUAUGCUCAGUUUGGGAGUCGACCAGCGGAACCGUGGCAACAUCCAGCGUCUCAGACGUCUUCUGCAGCUGCUGCAACUCCAGGUCUGCCGAAGAAAGGCGUCCCCGUCGGCGGGAUUGGCCAAGAAGGGUCGCGCGUGCCUCCGCCUCCGCCGCCUCCACCGGGCAGUGUGGGGGAAUCGGGCUUUUCGCUUUCAUCUGGUAAUGGUGUUUCAGUUGUCGAGAAACGUGAUGUAUCGUCCGAAGGAAGAGGCCCGUCUGAUGGUGUGUCGAUCAGUUUCAAUGCUCGGGGGGCGUCUCUGCCAGGAUCUCUCGGUGACGAGAGGAAGGCUCUCGAGACAGGUGUGUUUGGCAUCCCCGUGAGCCUGGGGCCACCGUCGCUGGGUUUGCGUGGCGAUCCUGGCGAGCCUAGCAACCCGUACUUGGGGUACUGUGCGUUGCUUCCCCUUCUCACAGAAGAGCAGUUUCGGCACAUUCGACGGCUGCAGAAGAGAGCCAUGGUACUCUGCGGUUACACACAGUCUCCACCUGAAUCUAGGAAGAAGAGACGCCGUUCAGGCAAAAAGAAACGGGGAAAGCACAGUGUCAGCAGCCACAGCACGGGUAGUGGAACCCUUCCUAGUGACGAGCCAGUCGACGGGUGCGACCGCGUACGUGAGGAAGCGGAGAAAGAGGGAACGGGGUGCAUGAGUGCAGAUGCGCCUGCGGUCGACACAAACACAGAAGCGUUGUCAAUUCAAAACGCAGCAACUUCGGUCACACGCCAACCACUGUCCGAUCCCGACAGUGCCAACGCGACUGGCUCCCGCGUGCGUGCGGGCCGCAGAGCUCUCCCACGUGUACCUCCCGUGCUCAAAAUAUCACGCAUAGGCGACAAAAAUGACACCGAUACCACCCAAAACAAGGACACAGGAUCCAUGCAGUCGCAAAGGGCCAAUUCUGUCAUCGAAACGUGCAGCGUUGUCGAGGAAAACACCAUGGCAAAGAUUCCGGGUGCCGAGGCAAAACCUGAAGGUGUACCCGACAACGGACCUUGCGAACUCCCGUAGCGGUAUGCGUGUCUCUGUGCAGCCCAAAAUGCUGAUUCUUACACAAAGCAAUUGGGCAUCACUGACGCGUUGAGCCAAGUUUGACUUCUGGUUAGAAUUCUACAGACGCGAAGGGGUGCAUGCAAAUUACAUGAUACGUUAUUGCUGGGAGGGAAUGUUUUCUUAAACCAAUGAUGAGAAAAGUUCGCUUCGUUGAUACAGCAACGCACGGCAUGCAGGUCACCCCCUGACGGGCGAUGGCUACUGUACUCCGUUUUGCUCUUCGCCGAGAGUCUCGUCUGUUCUUUCAAAAUGAUAGAUCUAAAAUGUAAUAUCCCCGUAUCAGAGC